AAGCCCAGCCCUCUUUUCCCCAGCUAAACUUGCUUUUAAAUAUACAGCUUUCAUCAUAAUCUGAAAUAUAGUGCGGUGGAAGUUAAAGAUUAAUCAACAUGUCAACAGGGAAGAUGAUGGAUCUGGAAGGAUUUCGGAAAGCCCAGAGGGCUGAUGGUCCAGCAACCAUCUUGGCCAUCGGAACGGCUACUCCUCUCAACAUGAUUGAGCAGAGCUCUUACCCGGACUUUUAUUUCCGCAUCACCAACAGCGACCACAUGACCCAGCUCAAGGAAAAGUUCAAGAGAAUAUGCGGGAAGUCUAUGAUAAGGAAGAGGCAUAUGUAUCUGACGGAAGAGAUACUGAAGGAAAACCCCAAUGUGUGCGCCUACGAGGCGCCCUCUUUGGAUGCUCGGCAGGACAUGGCGGUGGUGGAGGUACCGCGGCUGGGAAAAGAGGCAGCUGUGAAGGCCAUUAAGGAGUGGGGUCAGCCCACGUCUAAGAUUACCCAUCUCAUUUUCUGCUCCACAAGCGGAAUUGACAUGCCCGGUGCAGACUAUCAACUCUGCAAGCUGCUCGGCCUUCCCUCCUCUGUGAAGAGAGUGAUGCUGUAUCAACAAGGCUGCUUCGCUGGAGGUACGGUUCUCAGAAUAGCAAAGGACCUUGCCGAAAACAACCGUGGAGCCCGAGUUCUGAUCGUCUGCAGUGAGAUCACGACCGUCACUUUCCGCGGCCCCUCGGACACUCACCUCGACAAUCUAGUCGGGCAGGCCCUCUUCGGCGAUGGGGCGGCAGCAGUGAUUGUGGGAGCAGACCCCCUUCCUGAAAUAGAGAAGCCCUCUUUCCAACUCCUCUGGACUGCUCAGACCAUUCUCCCCGACAGCGAGGGCGCUAUAGAGGGUCACCUUCGAGAGGUUGGGCUCACCUUCCACCUUAGAGACGACGUGGCUGGGCUGAUCUCGAACAACAUUGAGAAGGCUCUGGUGGAGGCCUUCGGACAAUUCAACAUCUCGGACUGGAACGAACUCUUUUGGAUUGCGCAUCCGGGAGGCCCGGCAAUUCUGAACCAAGUGGAGUCCAAACUCCAAUUGGAUACGAAGAGGAUGAGGGCAACUAGACAGGUAUUGAGCGAGUACGGGAACCUGUCGAGUGCGUGUGUGCUCUUCAUUUUGGACGAAAUGAGGAAGGCGUCUGCAGAAAAGGGAUGCCCGACUACCGGAGAAGGAUUAGACAUGGGAGUGCUCUUUGGAUUCGGACCCGGACUCACUGUGGAAACCGUCGUUCUGAAGAGCGUUCCUGUCCUACCUUAAACAAACAUUCUCGUGCUCUGAAUAACAACGACUCCGUCGUUAGCUAAUAAAAAUCAUAUUCCAUGUUUCCGACAUUGUCUUCAUUUGCAAUGUGACCACGAUACCUGCGUUCUCCAUCGCUGGUUCCAUCGUAUUGUGUAUGCCACGAAGAUAUGAACAAUAAAUUUUAAUUUUCAGCAAUUUCGUUA